CACACCUCCUCCACGUACACAAUCAACAGUGUUAGUAUUGUAAUUGUGCUAUGGCAACACAUGGCAAAUGUCAAUAAAGCUUAUUGGAUAGGAUUUUUUAUUUUAUUUAUUUUUUUAAACGUAUUACUGCCAGGUGCAAGCUGAAGCAAGACAUUAUAAAAUGUUCUAUUCAUUAGACAUGAAGUGUCCCUGUUAAGGUUUAAAAAAACCUAAUUUAAGAGUUCCCCUAUUUAAUCUAACAUGCCCUCACUGAUACUCCAGUGUGUGUGUGUGUGUGUGUGUGUGUGUGUGUGUGUGUGUGUGUGAAGUGAUGUCAUGUCAUGUCAUGUCAGCCCUUCCCACUCCAUGGUGGUAAUCCCCAGACAACCCUCUUCCUAUCAGUUGUUUCUCCUUUCAUGGUGAUUUCCGCUGAAACGUUGGCCAACAACCAGACUCUCUCUCUGAUAGAGAGAGAGAGAGAGAGAGAGAGAGAGAGAGAGAGAGAGAGAAACAGAGUGUGUGUGUGUGUGUGUGUGAUGAGUGAGUUGUGAGUUACAGUCUUUCGUUAAUGUUUUCCUUGCAGGCCUUCCCGCUUUCUCAUCCAGCAUUUAACUUACUGUAAGUGUGUAAAGUCAUGUAAGAAAAAAGGAGGAAAAUCACUUGGCUCUGCAAGGUCAGGAGUAUGUCUGAGCCAUUCUUUUAAUCAUUUAUAGUAUAUUCUGUUAUAGUAAAGGGACUUAUGAAGUCAAGUCAAUAUUUUAGAUUGCUCCAAAAUGAACACUUAAAGGAUACGGGUUCACAGUUUUCAAGUUUAUCUUUAAACAACACCGAGGUGCUCAAAUGUACAAUAAAACAGUUUUUUGGUUGCUGUAAUUUUUCCUCCUGUUUAUAAUGGGACAGAAUCUGGAGUCACUGUGGAAUUUGACCCCAUCAUCUUAAACCCCUGGACAAAAAAACCCCACUAACAUCUGCCUCUUGUCUUCACUCUUCUGUAGUCAUGUAGUCAGGUAUUUAUCGGCUCCUGCAGUGACGGAAACAUAAAACCUGAGUUGAGACACUAUUUUUCGCUCCUUUUGUGGCACCAUUCAAAAACUGCAGUUCCUCGAAUGGCCACUUGAGGCUGUCAUCAGAAGUAUACGUAUUAAAACGUCCAACUUUACAGCGGAAAUAAACAUGUUUACAGGAUGGUACUAAAACAGUUUUGGUCUCUUAAGCUAAUUGUCUUAAAUUAUAUUCAGGCUUAAAUGUAUGCAUAAUUAAGGGCCUGGCCACUUUAAGUCUGGUUGUUACUUUGCAACUUUCUCAACUUUUUGGUAAAAUCUUUAAAACUUGAUUGUUUAGUUUCAGGCAUUAGAGGAACUCAAGUUAACCAAUUAUCCCAUUAAUUGGUUUUUCAUAGUGAAGGUCUUAUUGGUUUUAAUCACUUAGUUUAUUCAGACUAAAAAUAGCACAGUUGGCAUCUACAACAUCUGUACAGGACAAGCUGGUAACAAGGAAAUUGUUCAUCAGGGUGUAACAGAUACUGUAGUACAGGUUAUGUGACUUAAUUUACAUGUCAAUAAUUCACCUGUUUACACCUCAUGAGAACAUCAUGUACUCUGAACGCACACAACUGUUCUGUCCCUAAAACUCAUUUACUUUUACUAGAUUGUGACGCCCACUAGAAUUUAAAAAAGUGAUUUUUUUUUUGUAACUGUGUCCACUUUUAAUGUAGAAAAAAAAUGAAAGGAUGUUAAUAAUUACACCCUAAUCCACAAGUUGCCAUUUACAAACCUCUACAUGCUGACUGUGUGGAAGCAUAAUAACAUAAUAUGUAAGUAGAGUAGAGUAAGUCGGGAUCAAGACACUCCAAUCUGUCAUUUUCUGCCUUGUGUGUCCUGGUUACCUUCACAUCACCAAGGGUUUAAUUACUGCUGAGCAAACCACAGAGAUGCCUCAUGGGGGACUAGACAGAGAGACGAGGAUGAGUAAAAUCAGGUGAGACGGAGCGAAAAACAGGAGCCUGCCAGUGAGCCAAUCUCAGACACGUAGCUGCAGAAUAUUAAGACAGAAACUUGAGUGGUUAGUGUGCCCGCAAGAGAGGGGAGGAAGACACUCUGCCAGGAUGAGAUCUGUACCAACAUGAGAAGGAGUAUGAACUGUGUGAGGGGAAGUACCUGGGUCGGAGGGGGGCAUCAAAGUGUGCUCUGAUCAAAGGAGUGUGUGGUGGUAAUUUCCUAACCUCCUUGACGCUCUGAGUGGAGCAGGCCAACACACACUACGAGUGGUUAAGUGGAUGAAUGCUGUGACUCAUGGGCUGAGGAAUCUGUUCAAAAAACUUAGAAGAAACAAAGCAGCAUCCCAGAGCAGAGCAGAUCAUUUAAACCUCUCCUGGAGCUGUCUUACAGAAGUACACUUCAAGUUGUUUUCUCUUUACAGAUUUCACCAUCUUCUGCUAAAUAUUCUUCCACAAGUUGUAGCACUGAGCUCCCAACUCCAUCCACUCACCCUCCCUCCCACACCAUGACAGGGGAUGUUAUCCCAGCUCCCCAGCAGGGGGACCAGGCUGCUGCAGCACCCGGCCCCAGCACCACCCCCGGGGAGCCCAUGGAUGUAGAAUGUCCCAUCUGCUACCAGGAGUAUAACCAGUACAAUAAAUGCCCUCGGAUGCUGGAGUGCCUCCAUGUUUUUUGCACUGAAUGCCUCCAGAGGAUCCAGCUCUGCCCCUGCGACCCCCCCAAUCCCCACGGCCCUCCAGCAAUCCCCUGCCCCCUGUGCCGCCACCUCACCCCUCUGGAGGCCGGGGACGCCCUCUCCUUACCCUGCAACUCCCGCAUCCUGGCCAGGCUGCCCCAAGUGGCCUUCCGCCUGCCUGUGGCCAUGGCCAAUCGCCUGGCCACGGUCACCCAGAGAGUGGUGCUCUCCCUGGAGGGCGAGAGCAGGGACACCCGCUUCAUCAUCCUGCCCACCGUGAGCCUGCGGGUGCAGCAGAUGCACCCGGACAGGCUAUACGGCACAGCGCCAGGCCUGGUGGGGGAAGAGGAAGUCAUACAGCAGAGCAAGAAGACGCUGUUCUGUGUGCAGCUGCUGGCCGUCAUCUUCUGGGUGCUGUUUGUGAUCACCUGUGUGGUCGGGGUGGUGUUUGGGCCACAUUUCUUAAACAGGAAACUGUGAGAGGAAACUGGAUUUUAUCUACUUUUUAUAAUAGCAGAUAUAGUUAUUGAUAGAAAAUCAUGAUGUAGGCUGCAGGAAAGCACUGUGAAAAAGUAGGUGGACAGUUUAGAGAAUAUACAUUAUUAUUUAUUUUAUGAAGAUAUUUUUGACCCCUGUGGUUGUUAUUCACCCUGUAGUUUUAGGGCCAACUCACCACCACCAUCAGUACCACCACUCACACCAAUCUGUCCUCACUGUACUGUAUGUGUUUGUUGCUCUUUUGUUAAAGAUAGACUGAUGAAGAGUUCCCUCUAGUGGUUUAUUUGGAGAUGUAAGAACUGAGAUUAAAAGGAUUUUAAAAGGAAAUGUGCUUUCUUUCUCCCAGGUUUCAUAAGAUUUUCUCUGAAUGUCUCUCCAAAUGCCAUGAACUGAACAAAGCUGCCUUAUAUAACAGAUGUACAUUUUGAAAAUAAAUAAAUUAGUGCGUUUGGAUAUUUAGAAGCUAUUUCUAGGAUAAGGAAUUUCAUUUUCUUAUCUGUUUAUAGGGUAAAGAAUUGAAUUACCUCCAGAAGUUCUCGUUCAACACAAUAGCGUCUUAUGUGGAUAACUUGGCAGACUGAGAUGAUGAGACUGACUGAGAGGAGUCAAUAGGUCAGAUUGGAUAAUUUAAUGGCUGUAAUGAUGCUAUUUAAUAGUAUAAUGAUAGAAAAGUGAUUGCAAGGCUUUCCUAAUGUAUCUCCUUUCUUCUUUAUUGGGUUGUUUAGAUCUUUUUUGUUCUUGUUAAUGGGGAUGGAAUAAUCGAUUUAACCCCAUGCCCCACUAUCAGAUACUUUUAGGAAACUACAACACAUCUUAUUCAUUAUAGAACUAAUAUUUGUGUAUUAGUGUACAAUCACAUACAAAAAGAGGAAAUUAAGAAAUGUAUGCACUCGUUCAUUGUUUGUACUUUGUCCUGAGGCUAUGGGGGGAGUAAGACUUUUACCUGACUACACUGAACUUAUGCAUUUAUAAACUGUAUUUAUUUAAAAUUAUGUUGUUUUAAAGGUUUGAUGAAGUUU